AUGAGCCGCAGUCCUCUUGUGUGCGGAGCAUGUUCUCUGACACUGAGCUACAGGCCCUUGGCCCUUAAUAGAGAUGCUUACCGAGGUGAUGUUUUGCUUUUGAUAGUUAUAGAACUGCAGCAGCUGAAGAGCUACAGCAGUACCUCUCUCCUCGGAGCCAGGACACAACUGAGAAACAACCCAGUUGCUGUUGCUUUCCAACAUGCAGGAUUUCUGUACGGCUUGUGCAACCCCUCUGAUACCUUCAAGCAGGUGAUGAAGGUACAGCUGAGUCGCCAGAAUGAGGCCCUUCAGCAGAAUCUUCAGAAACAGAUCAGUACUUUCCGUCAGAACGUCGUUGGGCUCCAGAGCCUCGUAGAUGCCCUCGGAAGUGUCCAUGGACACUGGGAGUCCCAGAAGAAUCUCUUCAAGGAAUUGGGGGGCACUGCAGUGGAAAGCAACCAGAUUGAAAAAGAAGACUUUGCCCUGAAAUCUGCAGGUGCAUCAAUCGUAAAAUUCAGCACAAGCUAUGAAACAGGAGCGCAGGUUUGCAUGUUGGGGCUGUGCUGGGAUUACUCACGAGCACCAGAAGUGAUUCUUGAGCGGGAUAACACCCCUGGGAAUUGCUGGGCCAUGCAAGGCUCCCAAGGCUAUGUCGUCAUCAAAUUGUCUGAAGCCGUCUGCCCGGUUGCUGUGACCCUGGAUCAUAUUUCAAAGAAAAUUUCUCACACAGAAGAAAUAACCAGUGCUCCAAAGAACUUCUCUAUCUAUGGAUUCAAAGAUGACUUUGAGAAGGAGGAAGGGAACUUUUUAGGGUCAUUUGUCUACAGAAUUGAUGGUUUCCCUAUGCAAACUUUCAAGCUGGAGGGGAGGUGUUUAGAAAAUCCAGGUAAAUUUCAAUACCUGCUCUUGAAGAUUUUGAGCAACUGGGACCAUCCACACUACACAUGCAUCUAUGGGUUUCAUGUGUAUGGCGAACGAAUGGAGUGA